AUGGAGCCCCAGUUGAAACAUGAUCGCGCCAGGGAAAUCAAAGAAUUUCGUGAAACAAAAGCAGGGGUCAAAGGCCUAGUGGAUUCCGGGAUGGUAAGAAUCCCAAGAAUGUUCGUCCAUGACGAAAAAGUACUAGCUGAAUAUCCCACCAAUAACAAUCUCCUGGUCCCUCUGAUUGAUCUGAAAGAUCUUCAAUAUGGUGAUCAUCAGCGGAAAGAAAUUGUUGAUCAGAUUCGUGGAGCAUUGGAGACAUGGGGAUUUUUCCAAUUGAUCAAUCAUGGAAUACCCAUUAGUAAACUGGACAGGUUACUAGAAUGUCAGAAACAGUUCCAUGAACAGCCCACAGAGGUGAAGAGCGAACUUUAUUCUCAUGAUCCAAAGCAAAGUGUGAAAUUCUUCACCACUUCGUCUCUAGACGGCAAUCAGCCAACCGACUGGCGUGAUACGUUUUCAUUCAGGUUUCCAGAAGAUAUAUUGGACAUCAUGGUUUACCAACAAUUUGCAGAGGACACUCUCUCCGGUCUAUUUUCUGAGGCUCUUGGUCUAAACAGAGACUAUCUUUCAAGAAAUGGGUGGUUGAAAGGUGGACGGUUUGCUUGUCACUAUUACCCAACUUGCCCGGAGCCACACCUAACCCUGGGCGCCAGGCAGCAUUCAGACCCGUCAUUUCUCACAAUACUCCUGCAGGACGACGUUGGUGGCCUCCAACUUCUUCAUCAGAACCAGUGGGUGGACGUGCCUCCGACCAAAGGAGCUUUGGUUGUAAAUGCUGGAGACUUCAUGCAGCUGAUUAGCAAUGACAAAUUCAAGAGCGUGAAGCACAGAGUACUAGCUAAAUCAGAUGUCCCGCGACUAUCAGCUGGCUGUUUCUUUAAUCGGAGUUCGAAACCCAUUGGACCGUUGAAGGAACUUCUAUCCGACACAAAUCCCCCAAUAUAUCGGGAAAUUCAUCUUUCUGAGUAUUAUACAGAUUACACCUCAAAAUGGACGCAUGGUACGAGGCUUAUUGAUCGUUUUAGGAUAUGAAUUUAGUUUCAAUUAUGAGGACG